AUGGCUAGGCUCUCGACAUUCCUCUUGUUCGUCGCCGCUGCGACCCUCGCGAGCGCGUUGACCGUCUGUAAAAAGCGUGCAACUGGCGGGUAUGUCCAGCAGGCCACGGGUCAGGCGUCCUUCACGAUGUACUCGGGCUGCGGCUCUCCUGCCUGCGGCAAGUCUGCUUCAGGCUUCACCGCCGCGAUCAACCAGCUCGCGUUCGGCUCUGCGCCGGGCCUGGGUGCGGGCGACGCGUGCGGCCGCUGCUUUGCGCUGACGGGGAACCAAGACCCGUACUCUCCUAGCUUUACCGGACCGUUCGGACAGUCGAUUGUCGUGAAGGUCACCGACAUGUGUCCCGUGCAGGGCAACCAGGAAUUCUGCAGCCAAACGACAAGCAAUCCGACGAACGAGCACGCCAUGCCGUUCCACUUCGAUAUUUGCGAGGACACCGGAGGCGCGGCCCAGUUCUUCCCCUCGGGACACGGCGCACUUACGGGCACGUUCACCGAGGUGUCGUGCUCAGAGUGGUCGGGCUCCGACGGCAGUCAGCUCUGGGACGGCGCAUGCCUCUCUGGCGAGUCCGCGCCGAACUGGCCCUCGACUGGAUGCGGAAACCAGGGAACCGCUCCCUCGUGA